GAAGCCCAUUUGAGAUAGCAAACGAAAUUACAAAGUGGACGAAUCGCUCUGUCGAUCAUCCAGAAUGGGCGCCAUGCUAGGUACAACCAGCCCCCAAGCAAGUCUCCCCACAGAGCAGUCGGAAAAUGCUACAGAGGCGGCUCCACGGGAGGUGGCCGAGACCAGGCCAUAUUCGCUCUCACCCAAGCCCAGCAGUCAGAGGCUGACCAGAUCCAAGUCGAGCAAAGUGAUGGGCAGCACUCGGAAUAUCCAACGAUUACCAGCCGAGGCCAUCCACCAGGAGUUCGAUCGACUGCUCAUCCAGGCGCAAAAGCAUCUGACGGAAGUCGAGGAGAGACCAUGCCUAGAGGCCGCCAGCAAGAUGACUCGCUGCCUCCGCCAACACCGCCAGCAGGCCUGUAGGUGCUUCGAUGCCAUGGAGGUGUACCGCAACUGCGUGAUCCGUGCCACGCAGGACCGCGUCGAUGACAUGGCCGAUGAAGAGCCGCCAAUGCUGCCCAUGACGCCACCGCAAUCUAUACCACCGCCCGCUCGCCCCAAAUCUCGCUCCCGCAGAUGGUGGCAAUUCUGGCACUGGUUCCGCUAAGAGCAGUCAGUUUGGCCUAGUCAAAAUUAGCAGGGUGAACCUGAGUUAAUUUGCUUGAUAAGCUCUAUAUUCCAUGCCCCCAUUUAGACCGAAAAUAAAAUUAAGAAAUGCCUUUUUUAA